UGCUAUAUAUGUAGUGCAAGCUUUCAGUUCUGUCACAUGAAAUACAACAUGGUAUUGUUUAAAAACAGCAAAGCCAUUCUCUGUCGAGCUACAAGCCAAGAUGUCGUCCUUCCAAAAUGAUCGUAAAAUUGAGACAAAUAGUGAAGUAACUGAGCAAGCAGCGCUAGCAAUGGGAGUCCUGGGAGUGAUCUGUCUAGCUCUGAGUAUAGUUGGACUAAUAGCAGAGCUAGUAUUUGUUUGCAAGAAGAAGAACAACUUUCUAUUAAGGCUCUACAUCUAUUUGUCUGUGGCUGUCCUCCUUGUUCAUGACACUGAGACACUAUAUUUGAUCAUUGUGUCCAAUCCACAAAAUGGCUGGCUAUGUGAACUUAUAGAGAUUUUGGCAAAUUAUCCUGCAAUGGUCGAAUUUUUGUUCAUAAUCUCCAUCAACUGUGUUCUACUGUACAAGGUCUACACCAGUGUACGGAGGUCAUGUUAUCACUGCCACGGAUCUAAAGAAACCGAGGUUAUAUUCGUGGCAGCACAUUUUUUUAUCCCAUUCAUUAUUGUCGGUGUUCUACUGUGGGCUAUGGGAGAUCCAAAUUCUAGCGAAUGCCACAUAAGUAGUGACAUUUACACUUACAGAAAUUCUGAAGUUGUAUUUAAGAUAACUACAGAGUGGAUCCCCGUGGCUAUAGAGAUACCACUGAGUAUACUAUGCAUCUGUACGCUAACAGUAUGGUUGUGUUGGUUGCUAAGGAAACAUUUUCUGAGAGCUCGUAUGAAAACCAUCUUGAAGGAAAUUGGACUGUUGCUAGGUUUCCUAUCAAGUUAUUGUAUAAUACGAAUUGUCAUUGAAAUAUUAAACAUAAUUGAAGGGGAGCAAAUUUCAGUCAUAACAAUAAUAACAUGUGCCCUCUAUCCGAUAAAUCGAGCUACUAUUCCACUAUCGUUCAUCAUCUAUGUUUGCUUUGUCUACUUCUGCCCCCAAAGAUCUGACCAGAAUACCAACCCCCCCACGGACCAACACACCCAUCCCCCCUCAACCAGGAUCAGUAUUCCAAGCAACACUGCCGAUCGUGCCCUAAACUUCCUGAGUAAGAGUGAACUUAUUAGCAGUAGCCAUAAGAACAGUACGAGAGGUCCCACGGAAACAACUGCUCCUGCUGCUGAAUUAACUGGCACUAACAAUGUUUGUGAGUGAAAGUGCUUUACUCAAUAUAAGCUGAUAAGUAUAAAUCCAUGCAUGCUAUGUAUUGUAUUGUAUUGUAGAAUCUUUAGUAUUACCUUAAGGUGACAUAUUUUUGCGUGUAUUAAUUUCUGCUAUUUCUGCAAA